AAACAAAAACACACACUGUCUCAGUGGCAGGGGAGCAUGAAUGUUUUAUUGUUGCACACUCGCCAAAAACAGCUAAUUUCUUAUUUGUUUCACAAUCUCUCCUCCCGACUACAGCACAGCGAGAGAAACGUACAAAACAAAUCUUAAAAAAAAAAACAUCUCUUCCCCUGGAACAGAAUAUCAGUAAAGUUGCAAAGACCGGCCUCAGAUUUCCCUCCGUGCCGCGUGAGCGAGGCACAGAGAGGCUGAACCGCAAUUAGGCGCUCGAGUGUUGAUGCAGAGCCGCUAAAGCACUUUAAUUCCUGUCGGAGUCCGGGGGAUGCUGGGCCUGUAAUUGCUGCCUCCCUUGUCUUGAUUGGAAAUGCUUCACUUGUUGCAACCGGUUGUGGGCCGCAUUAGCCGCCCCGCUCCUUCUGCUCCCUGACCCCUACGGUCCGCAGCGUUCACCCCGCAGAGAAGCGCUGGCACAUCGAGUACAUUCUUCUCACUGUUUUAUUGCUGCUAUACGUUAGCACAAAGGCCCACCACGGCUCUGCCCUUUAUUAAUGCAGGAUCAUGAAAGGCUCUGUUACAGUGUGCGGAACAAUCCGCUGCAUGGAUGCUGCCUCUGGUGGCUCUUUAGCUCUCGUACUUCUAAAAGGCUUUCUCAGCAUCAUCGAAGUAAUACUUUUCGACUGGGGGGGGGGCUGCGUUUUAAUCCAGAGUCAUCAUUCAGGGUGAGGAGUGGCCAUGCCAUUUGGCUGUUUAACGAUCGGGGAGAAGAAGGAUUAUAACAAUCCUUCAGACGUGACAGAUAAAUAUGACCUGGGUCAGAUUGUCAAAUCGGAGGAGUUCUGUGAGAUAUUCAGGGCCAAGGAUAAAACCACGAUGAAAAUGUACACGUGUAAAAAGUUCCUGAAAAAGGAUGGGAGGAAAGUCCGCAAGGCUGCGAAAAACGAGAUCCUCAUCUUGAAGAUGGUGAAGCAUCCCAAUAUCCUCCAACUGGUGGACGUCUUCGAGACCAAAAAGGAGUACUUCCUCUUCCUUGAACUCGCAACAGGCAGAGAGGUGUUUGACUGGAUCCUGGACCAGGGCUACUACUCAGAGCGAGACACCAGCAACGUGGUGCGCCAGGUGUUGGAGGCAGUGGCCUACCUCCACUCCCUGAGGAUUGUUCACAGAAACCUCAAGUUGGAGAACUUGGUCUAUUACAACCGCCUGAAGCACUCCAAAAUUGUCAUCAGCGACUUCCAUCUCGCCAAGCUGGAGAACGGACUAAUCAAAGACCCCUGCGGGACACCAGAGUACCUGGCUCCAGAGGUGGUUGGCAGACAGCGAUAUGGCCGGCCUGUGGACUGCUGGGCGACAGGUGUCAUCAUGUACAUACUGCUGUCGGGCAACCCUCCGUUCUACGAUGAAACCGAUGACGAUGAUUACGAAAACCACGACAAGAACCUGUUCCGAAAGAUCUUGGCAGGCGAUUAUGAGUUCGACUCUCCGUACUGGGACGAAAUCUCUGAUUCAGCUAAGAGUCUGGUUGCACGUCUGAUGGAGGUGGAUCAAGACCAGAGACUGACAGCCCAGGAGGCUAUAAACCAUGAAUGGAUCUCUGGCGGUGCAGCUUCAGAUAAGAACAUCAAGGAAAAUGUCUGUGCACAAAUAGAGAAGAACUUCGCCAGAGCUAAGUGGAAGAAAGCUGUCCGGGUCACCACCAUCAUGAAGAGACUGAGAGCACCUGAGUCGAGUGAAUCGAGGGCAGCUACCCCUGCUGCCGCUGCCCCGGCGGACGCUGCGGCCCCUCCGGCUGCCUCCGACCCCUCCGCAACGUCAUCUGCACCCGAGGGAGCGCCUGCUGCCGUCACAGAGCUCCCCGCCGGAGCGGAGAUAAGCCAACCGCCACCUGAGGCCGGAGCCGAGGCGGCGGCCCCAGCCGCAGAGCCACAGCAGCCCAGCCCGGCGCCGCAGGAGCCCGAGCCCACAUCGCGCUGUAACGGAGAAGCUUCAGCUGCUCUGCAUGCAGCCACCGAGGGUGGGGACGAGCAGGGUUAGACCCCCCCCACCACCACCCCCACCACCACCACCACCACCCCUCCCUGUGUGACCUCUGCAGUCCCCACCACCUCCUGCACACUGUACAUUAGCUGCUAGCAUGGUGACACUGACUCUGCUUCUCUCUCACUUGCAGCAUUAGUAUCAUCUCAUGGAGGCUGUGUGCUACCUUUCCUGAGUGCUGCGCUGUGUUAGCUUUCUUUCUACAUCUACUGUGUCUUUUUUCACUGACCCUACGGUGUUUUAUGUCAGAUUAUAGAAUCCACGUCUCUCUCCGCACAAUCGAGUUGUAGGGGCAAAAACAGAUCUGCUGUCAAACUGUGGCUCAGAGCUACAGUCUCCUCUCGGAUUCUUCUCUCAGUGAUAAGAGAGUACAGGAAGACAUAAUUGUGCUGAAAACGGCUCUUAUUCCUUUUUAAUGAGCCGACUUGGGAAACUUCUCCCCGUCAGUCUUUCAAUUACCAUGUUUAUCCUUCGAAUCGGCAGAAAAGUUUUGCUUCUGAAAUUUUGACCUCGUGCCGCCACACUCAGUCAGUGCUGGUCCUCACACGUGGAGCAGAUCGUAUAUUGCCGACACAGGGGAGAUAUGGGUAUCCUUCUUAUCUGUUAUUGUCUACACUGACCAGGUAUUGUGCGUUAACAAUGCUGAGAUUGGUGACUGGGAGUUAUCUUUCCCCAGUGCUGUAUUUUGAACUAUAGGCAGCUUCACACAUAAGCACACACACAAACACUAUGUUCCUUUGCUACUUCCUGCUCAGGAAAGAACCUCAUAGCUGUAAGUGUAAAGAUUCUGUACAUAGAGACCUUUGUAGAAGUAGCCAAAACAGCAUGCGUUCUCGCUUUUUCGCUCUUCAUUUUACAUUCACGGCCACUUGGCGGAUAAACAUGCGCUACUGCCAACCUAGUCCGAUCGCAGGCCACAGCACCCUUGCCUCUCGCCUCUCGCCUCUCGCCGCUCGUCGAGGCUGAUGUUGUUUUCAGGAGCACACCACACAUUAGACCGUCCGUCACUGCUGUUCAUUUACCACCGCAGCUGUCUUCAUUUCAUAGCAGUUCUAUGCAUCCAAAUUAAUUUGUAGCUUUCCUUUUUUAGAAAGGUCACUUCACAACAUCUUUAUCCAUCACGUGUUGAAUUUUUUUUUCUUUCUUUGGCUAGAUCUCAUUCUCCUUUGUGUUCAGUCGUGUUCCUCUGUUGGGAUACUGACUCAGAUGCCAUACUGGUCUUAAUAGCUGGUCGUAACUGUAAAACAAAAUGUGCAUUAACUGACCACACGCGGCUUUCAAGGGAAGACAUGGAUCAUUACUGACUUUGUGGUAACUAGGAUCACCUUCAACACCUCAGCUUUGCUGACCUGUAUUGUACUGAAAAACAUGUAUAAAGCAUAUCUUUGACAUUUCUGAACUUACUGUUCUUUUUUUAAUUUCUACUUUUUUAUUUCUAUAUCUCUUUUUGCCUUGUUUCAGUCACUUGUUUAUUCCAUAGACUUUUCAGCAUAUACUUGAUCAACAGUAAUAACAAUCUCUCCUUUUCUGUCACUGGUCCCCUCGAGCAUUAAUAACGAGCUACAGAAGGAGUUCUCUGUAAUCCCUCCAGAGGAAAUUGAGCAAUACUCGACUGGCUGCAGAAACUGUGAUUCCUGGUGUCCUUUCGAUACAGUCCAUGUACCUGUAAGUACAAGUCUACAGUCCUCACCAGCUGUCCGUUACUUAACUAACUAACACAGGGCUGCUGUCAGAUAAGUGUGUGUGGGAGAGGGCCAAUGAGACCACAUGUGCUCCCCUGGCCUGCGAGUGCCCACAUGAUUUCCUGUGCUAACACACACUGAACCACAGGCUUUUAAUCGCCAGUCACUUAAAGCGGGCAUCUCAUCAAAAUUAGAUUCAAUAGAUAUAAAUGAAGUGAAACAUGUUGCGGCUCGUUUACAGCCGCUCUGUCUGACUCUACCCAGUCUGUCGUCAAAUUACUGUGAACACCUGUGAAUUUAUAUGAAAGUGUCCACCUCAGAUUAAGAAAAGGAAACUCUGGAGAAAACCUUUCGCAUUUGCUAUCUGUAAAAAGUUUGAGUCUUUUAUUUCUACACGUCUCUCCUUUGAACCUGUGCUACAGUGGAUUGGUAGACACACCAAUCAUUCAGAUUAUACCACUAUAUUAUUUCUUACAUUGUUUAAGAUGAAUAUUUAGAUUUUAACGAGACGCUUAAACAGAAGAACAACAGAUGAUUUUUUUUUUAAUGUGAAUAGAUUAUUUCAUGUGGUCCGUUCUCUUUGUUUAGAUGGCAAAUAAACCCUGUUACACAGUUUAAAGCAAUGCUUUUUUCCAAUACAUUCCUCACUGUAUUUAGUACCCCAUGUCUGUUCAUUUCGCCAUGCACUUACAGGUGUUUUUGUAGAUGUGAUGUUUGCCAGGACCAGUGGUCACCUGUAGGUCCUGUCUUGCAUUUGUGAGCUCUGUACUGUACUCCUUGACUGAGUUGAUGACUUUGAUGGUAAUAAAGUUCUACUUCAUCUGUU